UCUUCAGCCAAUCAUCACUUACCUCUCUCUCUCUCUCUCUUAUUCUGGUGUUCCCUCCCUCUCUCACAGCUCACCACUGAUGUUUCUCUCAGUCUAAUCCUCUCAGUCACUUUUCCACCUGGGCGAAUUAGCCGCAGCUUUAGCCUCUAGCCUCCUGCUGUCUUUGACUUUUGGAUGACUUUUCACGCUUGGAUUUUAACUCUGACAUGUGGAUUUUGACUUUUUACCGUUUUUCUAUCUUUUCUUAGCGUAUUUUCAGAGUUUUAGUCACUUUUUAAGGCGCAGAGCUGCUGUUUUGUUAGUUAGCAUAGUGUUGGUUUGCUGAUAUUGGUCGAUUUUGGCUGAUUUUUGACGGUUAGACUCUGAGGAGGACCAACGGUUUAUUAUUUUUUUUAUUUGAAUUUAAAUCUUUCGAACACGCACGAGCUCGUGCAGCGUUCGGUUUACCCGCCAAAAACGCUCUUCAGCCAGGCAAUAUCAGGCAAUAUAUAUAUAUAUAUGUUUUUUUACACUGAAAGUUCCUUUUUGCAACAUUUAUUUAUUAAGGUAGAUACUGCAUCACUUUUGUAGCUAUUUAAUGUACAAAAUAAACACUUAAAUCUACAGUAAAUACUGUAAUUAAAGUGUACUGUAAGUACUAAUUGUAUACUGUAAAACUAACUCUUUUAUAACUUUUAAAGACUAAAAUAGAUAUAGCAUUGGUUUUGUACAUGUUUAAAAACGUCUGUUAUCUGUCAGAAAAAAAAACAAAUAAUUACUCAUAAAAGCUGACUGAAAAUAUAACUUAGUUGUUAUGAAAGCGUUAAUGCAGUUAUUAAAGUGUAAUCACAAUUGCUAAACAAUUUACAUUUACAGUUCAAAAUCAACUCCUGUUGAGAACUGUGAAGACCUGCGUAUACUAAACGAGAUACAGCAUUGAUAUUGUUGCUGUUUUUUUGUUAAAAUAUUUUGAAAAAAAUAUCUACACUAUAGUGUGGCAAAAGCAAAAAAACACUUUUAAAACUUAUCUAGCUGUUAAAGUAAUCUCUAUAACUUUUAAAGGCUAGAUUUUAAUUUUAAUGACUUUCUUCAUAUAAUUCGCUAAACUCUUUGACAGCUUUAAAUUUCCCGCCAAAAACAUUGUGGAAAAAAAAACAAUUUAAGCUAGGCUAUCCAGGCUGUUUUGCGAUGUAAACAAAACCUAGGUCUAAAGCUGACACAAGAAAUGAUUUUAUUUUAAGCUUUUGAGUAAUUUUCUAAUUUAUUUUUAUUUAACUACCCUAUCAAAGUGGACAUGUGAUAAUCGAGGGACGGUUAGCCUAGCAUGCUAACACUUUAUUAAUUUUUGACCCAUCCUAUCAUCGUUAAGGAUUCGUCCAGCUGUUUUUUAACCUCUUUCUUCAUGGCGGACAUGGCUUACAGUUUGGAGCAAGAGAUGCUGGAGAGAGGCCUUCAACCACGGCUUUGCUAUUUGACUAAAGGUGACCGUGGCUUCGGCUUCCACCUGCAUGGCGAGCGGCACCGCGGCGCUCAGUUCAUCCGCAAGAUCGAGCCCGGUUCACCCGCUGACCUGGCUGGACUUCGGUCUGGUGACCGAGUGGUGGAGGUCAAUGGGGAAAACGUAGAGAAGGAUUCACACCACCAGGUGGUUGAGAAGAUCAUGGCGGUGGAGCACCGGACCAGGCUGCUGGUGGUGGACCGAGAAACAGACGAGUUCCUGCGCUUCCACAACCUGCCCUGCACUGAAGAACUAGCAGUGGAGACGGGUUGCCUGUCCCCUCGCGCCUCCUCCCUGACCUCCUCCCCAAGAACCUCCUGCUCCUCCUCCCCUCUCGUCUCCCUCUCGCCCUCCCCACGAGACUCCAUCACGCCCCCCUUCAGCAGGGGCUGCUCGGACAAGCCCAGGAUGGCUGUCGCAACUGGCGCAAUGGACAAACUGGCGUUCAUCAUGAACGGCAACAAGACUCCGCCCAUCUCUCCAUCAGUGUUAAUCGGAUCUCCGACACGCCGCCGUGACCCCUUCACUCCUCUCCUCCUCCCCCCAUCCCCCUCUCCAUCACACACAGAGAGCGACUGCCACACCGAUCUCAGCACAACACCCACCUGCCGACAGGAGGAAGCUGUGGUAGAUGAGCAGGACGAGGUGAUGCUGGACCUGCGGCCGCGGCUGUGCUGCAUGGCGUUGGGUAACGAUGGAUACGGAUUUAAUCUGCACUGUGAUAAAUCCCGCGUGGGGCAGUUCGUCCGCUCGGUGGAUCCAGACUCGCCCGCUGACAGGGCGGGGUUACGGCCCGGAGACAGAGUGGUGGAGGUGAAUGAUCGGAGCAUCGAGGGGAUGAAGCACGCGGAGGUGGUGGCGUUUAUUCGGCAUGGGCAGGGGUGCGCCACGCUGCUGGUGGUCGACCCAGAAACAGACACUCUGUUUAAAAGACUGGGAAUCACGCCCACCACAGAACACCUUAAAGAGGACUGUGUGGACGGACCUCUCAUAGAGAGCCCAGUGUCUAACUGCCCAAUCACAGACAGUUCUGCAUCUCCUUCACCAAUCACUGAUGGCCCCCUGAGCUCUCCGCCAAUCAUCAACAUCACGCUGACAGAUCCACCAAUCACAAACGGCUCUCUGAAGCACCAGGGAAGCUCCUCCUCCCAUUCCACCAUAUCAGAUACGAGCUUGGAGCUCAGGAACCUGGACACUGCCAGCAAGAUAUUUGGAGAUUUGGACCGUCAUAAGCGCCACAGUGCCCCCGCUGGCCACCAGGAACUAAAGCCCCAGAAACCAACACUGGACCCGUUCAUAGACAGCGGUCUACGCCUGAGCCCCACUGCGGCCGAGGCCAAGCAGAAGGUCAGGGCCAAAAAAGCCAACAAGAGAGCGCCCCCUAUGGACUGGAGCAAGAAACAGGAGCUCUUCAGCAACUUCUGAAGAGCUGAGACCACAGAAACUCUUCUAAAACUCAACGUUAGAAACCUAAUUUCCAGAGAACGGACUGAACGUUUUACCCUGGAAUAGGAUUUAAGAGGAAUUAGGAAGACCAACCGCUCUUUGUAUUUUUUUUCCACAUAAAACGACCACGUCUCAGGAACAGUGUAGAGUUGCUAUGAUAAGAAGUGACACUUAUAACAUCCUGAAAGGUGAAAAGAAGAGGAAUUAUAACAAUUCCACACAGGAACCACUCCUAGAUCCCUAAUUUAGACUGAAUUACAAACAUAAACGCACCAAAAUAUGCACCAAAAAAACACGCAAGCACAUGGUCUCCUCUGAUUGGUCAGAGCUGUCUGGCACGGGAGCAAGAAAGUAAAUAUAGCGAGAAGAUUCUGUGUUCCGGCGUAGUAAAUAAAGUCGCACGUCUGAGAGCAGUGAAGGCAGCACAUACUGUGCUCAGUGUAAACAACAUGGAGCAGCAGCAGAGACAGCAUUUGUUCAUAGCUGUGGCAUUUAGUGUUAUCUGGCUCAUAUAUCAGAUUAAACUGCACCUAACUCAGCAGUUAAGCUCAAAUAAAAGGAGUAUAUUUGAUAGCUGGGUUGGAUCGAGACCGGAUCAUGUUCUCACCACAAGUGAAGCGCUCCAGGGUUCGUUUGGGAUCUGCAAUCAAGUGUGAUUACUGUUUCCACACCUGCUCAAUCGAAACGUACUAAGAGCUCAAACCCAUUAGAGUCCAUUUUAACCGAACUGCUUUAAUAGUGCUGGUGUGAAAACGCUCUUAGACUGAAAAAAGCACUUUUCUAUUGCUUAAGUUAGUUACUGUUUAUUGGUCUUAUUGCCAUAGGAGACACAAGAGCCAAAGAAAAGCCAGUGAAGAGUCAAACAGCAGGUGAGAUUUUGUGGGUUUUGGAAAGUUGUAUAAAAAGAAUGAUACAGUUGAUAAGAAGUAAAAGUAAAGUGUUCAGAAGUAAAAGUUAGUUUGUUCAGAUGGGUUCAUGUUUUUUGGAGAGCAUGACGAAUCAUUUACGUCAAAUACUGUGGUGAAAGGAGGUGAAGAAGUGAAAGAAAAGGACCGAAGCAGCAAGACCCGGGACUCUGAAUGAAGUAAAGGUUAAUAAUGAUUCCAAAUCUGAUUGAUAUUCUCAAGUAAAUGCUAUUAAAGUAUAAAGAGAUAACUUUAAUGUUUAAUAUGCUGCUUUUAAUACACAUAUAUAUGUACUAAUAUAAGCAGUGUAUAAGCUGUGUAUAUUAAUAUACACAUUAUGAAACAUGCUACUGACAGUUUAACAGCUAGAACCAAUUUUAGAAACUAAAUUCAGGAUUUUCUAUAGUUCUUUAUUUGAGUUUUUAACACCAGUCUUGGGUUUCUUUCUGGCACUAACUGUGAAACAGCGACUCCUGCAGUAUAUCACACUGGUCACACUUUAUUUUGGGAGUUUUGUACCCCAAACAGAAAAGAAAUACAUUUCAAAUAUAUUCAAAUAUAUACAGCUCUGGGAAAAAAUAAGAGAGCGCUUAAAAAUGAUGAGUUUCUUUGAUUUUACCAAAUUGAAAACCUCUGGAAUAUAAUCAAGAGGAAGAUGGAUGAUCACAAGCCAUCAAACCACCAAACUGAACUGCUUGAAUUUCUGCACCAGGAGUAAAGCAGCAUAAAGUUAUCCAAAAGCAGUGUGUAAGACUGGUGGAGGAGAACAUGAUGCCAAGAUGCAUAAAAAAAAAACUGUGAUUAAAAACAGGGUUAUUCCUGUAAAUAAAUGCUCUAAAUGACUAAAAUAUUUUUAUUUGUAAUUUGGGAGAAAUAUUCUCUGUAGUUUAUAGAAUAAAACAACAAUGUUCAUUUUACUCAAACAUAAACCUAUAAAUAACAAAAUCAGAGAAACUGAACUUUUUUUCAGAGCUGUAUUUUUUCUGGUCAUUUUAAUACAUUCAUGCAUAUAUUUAUUUUCUGUAUGGAACAGGGUGGUCUACAGAUGCUAAACUUUAAUGUAACUCAGGUUUAAAAUAAGGUUUAUAAUAUAUAUAUAUAACCAUGGUAUAUUAUAAUUACAGUCAUAUUAGUUAAUAGUUAUAAUUACAGUGAUUACAGUUUCUCUCAAAAUAAAGUAUUACCAUUAAACACAUCGUAAUAACAUCAUAGCAUAGAUAAAAACAUUAAUGAAAUGCUAAUAUUCAAAAAAAUACACUCAAUAAACAUAAGAAAUAUCAUUAAUAGCUCAGUAAAUGAUAUAAAAUGUUAUAAAACAUCACUAUGUUUUAGGAUUAGAAUGAUUUAAGCCUCUGUUAGAGCUGAAUUAUUGUUAACUCCAUCGUGCAGACUCUGUCUUUCACUUUAUUUAUGAAUAAAAGUUUUUAAAACACUAGAAAAUAUAGUUUUUGCUGUGUUUUUAUAUGCACUGCAGCUGACUGUGUGUGGUGCAACCUGAUGGUCUCUCAGGCUUUAAGGCGCAGUUCCUCCUCCAGCCACCAGAGGGUAGUGAAGUGACUCAUGCAUUUUUCUGUCCUCUUAAUUGAAAUAUAUAAAUAUAUAUGUAUUUUAAUAUGGUUAUGUUUUUUUUCCUAAUUAUAAACAUUAAAAAGAAAUAAUAAAGACUUUAUAUAUUACUAAUAAACUUGCAGAGACUACACUCCUUUAUAAUAAGCCACAGCAUGCAUAAAAAUAUGCAGUGCAAUUUGAUUUGUUCCAUUUUUGAUAGGAAGUUUAUGACUUUUUUACUUUUUAAUUAACUUUAAGUCAAAUAAAAGUUAAAUAUAUGGUUUAUCUUGCUGACAGGGACAUUUUCAACCCUCAUUUCAAUCCUCAUUUCAGCACAAUGUCAGAUAUUAAACACACGUUCUUAAGGGUAAAAAAAUAAUUUAAUUAAACUAAUUUAACCUAAUUUAAGUGUGUGAAACAAAGAAAUGUUGAAAGUUAAAAGUUAGACUGUUCAAAGCUUUAUUAGGCCAUAAACAUUCAUUUAUCAUUUUUUUUCUCCCAUAAUAUUGCAAAUGUUUUGUUAUAUACAUGUUUUUUCAUUUAUGUGUAAUAGAACAACACAAAAACUGAUUGAAAAUUGAUAUGAUUUUAAGCAAAACUCAACAAAAAUGGGUCAGACAAAAAUAUUUGGAAAAAAGAACUGAAAUCAGUCGCUUCCUAUAACCAUCAACAAGCUUUUCAUACUUCUCAAUUGGAAUUUUGGACCAUUCUUCCUUUACAAACUGCUCCAGAUCUUUAAUAUGUGAAGGGUGCUUUUCCCAACAGCCGUUUUAAAUGUCUCCACAGGUGUUCAAUGGGAUUUAUAUCCAGAUUAAUUUCUGAAUCUGGAUCUAACUCUCCAGUGUUUUCAUCUAUCUCUUGGUGCUUUUUGAAGUAUGUUUUGGGUCACUGUCCUGCUGGAAGACCCAAUACCUAAGAUACAAACCAAGAUUUCUGAUACUGUGUCCUACAUUGUGACCCUAAAUCCUUUGGUAAUCUUCAGAUUUAAUGAUGCCUUGAUACAUUCAAGGUACCCAGUGCCAGAGGCAGCAAACCAAUAACCCCAAAACAUAUUUGAAACAUCACCAUAUUUGACUGUUUCUUUGUGGGCCUCGUUCCAUUUUUCGGGAAAACAGUAGGAUGAUGUGCUUUACCAAAAAGGUAAAAGCUCUAUUGUGGUCUUAUCUUUUUUUUUUGGCUUACUCACGUACAAGUUGGCAAACUGUAGUCUAGCUUUUUUAUGUCUCUGUUAGCGAUUUUCCACCAAAAGAACCAAAAACCAGCCCAUGUUUCCACCAGUUUUAGUGGAACCAUCAAAAUGUCACAUCAUACGUCACUACCAGAGCGGAAAUGCUAGUGUACAAACAGACACGCCCACAAAUGUUGUCUCUGUUCAUGCUAAAGAACCUACUAUUCUUUGGUUCCUGCUCUAAACAAACAUUCCUGGUUCUAAAAGCUGCUUUUGUUGGUAGAAACGCAUCAACCCAGUUUAAAAUUAGGUUCACGAACCAGAACAGUGCCAGUUCCACGUUGGUGGAAAAGCCCUAUAUGUCAGCAGAGAACUUUAAAGCAGAACUCUGGUGUAAAAUGGACUUUUGUUGUAGUUGGGUUGGGUUGGGUUGGGUAGUCGAGUUUAACGCCACAUCAGCUCGUCGGCUAUUUCGCGGCAGGAAAGGUACUGUCCAAUCACAAGGUUCUACGAUCUAAGCCAUCGCAAGGCAGACAGACACAGACAGACACACAGACACAUUCACUCACACACUCACACCUAAUUUCAAUUUCAAUUUCAAUCAAGUUCCAAUUAGCCUGAACGUGCCGUCUUUGGACUGUGGGAGGAAACCGGAGAACCCGGAGGAAACCCACGCAGACACGGGGAGAACGUGCAAACUCCACACAGAAAGACCCAGGUCGCCCCAGCCGGGAAUCGAACCCAGGCCGUCUUGCUGUGAGGCGGAAGUGCUACCCACCGCGCCACCGUGCCGCCCU